UGGUAUUUGUAAGAAAUACUGGGUCAUGAAAGUAUUUAGGAGCGCUUAUAUGUUAAGUCAGACCAAGAGUAUUCUUUUAAAGAGGAUCUUAAUUGUCCACACUUGCCUUGCUUGGCCUUCAUUGAGGAGCACACAAACCAGGUUACAUUCAGAUUGGAGCACAUCUGCAAAUGUAGAUGCAGGUCCAGUGUAGUUUUGAAGUGCAUUUAAUAUAUUCCCACUGUUAGUAGCAUUCAUUUGAUAGAAGCAAGCUAGAACUUGUCCGGAGUAAUCUCCCUAUACCUGAAAUAGAUAUUAUGUGGGUCCUGGGUUGUCCCCAUUAAACUGUUUUGCUUUCAUGUCCUCUGAUGUUGAUCUGCAGGACUUGACAAUGGCAGCGCAUGCAUUAGCUUGAGCGUCAGUGUAUGGAAAGUAAGUGUUAGCCUAAAUGCUGAAGACUAUUUGGAAUGUGUCUUUCCAAUGUGGAUCUUCAAUUUUGCUAGGUAUAGUGUUAAAAAUCUGAGGUAUUCAUGUAUAUAUCUUAGGUGGACCAAAUAUUAUUACAAGAUUAGUGGGAAUUGGGAAGGGGGAUAACUUACGGGUUACAUUCCACCGAAUUCAGCAGAUGUGUGGGCUUGUGAGAGCCUGAUCUGAUCUGUCCCUUUUCCUCUCUGUACUGCAGUCUUUCUGAUACCUUGUUCUUUACUUCUGUAAUCUCUUUAGUAAUUUUGCAUUCUUGAGUUUAUUAGAAAUACAGUUGCUAAAGUAAGUACCAUGCUUGCAAACUUGAUUUUUUGCUUGUGUGUAUGUGUUGUUUUACACUUUUGAGUCCCUCCACAGCUUAGGUCUUAUUUACUGCUGGUACUGUAUUGUGGCCAUGGAUUCCAAACUCUAACAUCCAACAUUCGGUUGUUUCAAUAAUAGCUGUGCUGCUGCUUGAAUGCUAUUUUGAGGAUGGUUUUUGCCCACUGGUCUUCGUUCUUUUCUCCAUGUUUCCCUGUGAGGCAAACCUUGCCAGGAGCCUUACAGAAUGCUACCUAUCAAGACUAGGCAGUAGUAAAAGAAGUGGAAAACAAGCACUGCAAAACAAUGAGCAGAAAGAGGGAAAGAAGGAGCGAGCAAUGGUGGACAGAGUGUUUAUUGCACGAAUAUGUCGAAUCCUGAAAAUAAUGGUCCCUAGAACACUUUGCAAAGAGACAGGUUAUUUGCUGCUAAUUGCUGUGAUGCUGGUAGUCCGAACUUACUGUGAUAUUUGGAUGAUUCAAAAUGGAACAGUCAUUGAAAGUGCUAUCAUUGGCCGCAGCAGAAAAGAUUUCAAGAAAUACUUGUUCAACUUCAUUGCUGCAAUGCCUGCUAUCUCUUUAGUGAACAACUUCCUGAAGUAUGGUCUAAAUGAACUGAAACUCUGCUUCCGAGUAAGACUUACCAGAUACCUCUAUGAAGAAUAUCUUAAAACUUACACAUACUACAAAAUGGGAAACCUGGACAACAGAAUAGCUAAUCCAGAUCAACUCCUUACACAGGACGUGGAAAAAUUCUGUAAUAGUGUAGUGGACCUGUACUCAAACCUUAGCAAGCCCUUCUUGGACAUAGUUUUGUACAUCUUCAAGCUAACAAGUGCAAUAGGAGCACAGGGUCCAGCCAGCAUGAUGGCAUACUUGAUUAUUUCAGGGUUUUUCCUUACACGUUUAAGGAGACCAAUUGGCAAGAUGACUAUUAUAGAACAAAAGUAUGAAGGGGAGUACAGAUAUGUCAACUCACGGCUCAUUACAAACAGUGAAGAAAUUGCUUUUUACAAUGGAAACUUGAGAGAAAAACAGACUAUUCACAAGACUUUCCGGAAGCUGGUGGAACACUUGCAUAAUUUCAUCCUGUUCCGGUUCUCUAUGGGUUUCAUUGAUACUAUCAUUGCCAAAUACCUUGCCACUGUGGUUGGCUACCUGGUUGUUAGUCGUCCAUUUUUGAACCUGUCUGAUCCUCGACAUCAGAAUAGCACUCAUGCAGAACUUUUGGAGGAUUACUACCAAAGUGGAAGAAUGCUACUGAGAAUGUCUCAAGCUUUGGGCAGAAUAGUCCUAGCAGGCCGUGAAAUGACAAGAUUGGCUGGUUUCACAGCUCGAAUCACGGAAUUAAUGCAGGUUCUGAAGGACUUGAACAGUGGCAAAUAUCAGCGUACUAUGAUAUCACAAGAAAAAGAUGGAGAUAAAAAGCAAUCUUUGUCUUUGAUACCUGGAUCUGGAGAAAUUAUCAACAGUGAUAACCUUAUCAAGUUUGAUCAUGUUCCAUUGGUGACACCUAAUGGAGAUGUUUUGAUUCAAGACCUUAACUUUGAGGUUCGAUCUGGUGCAAAUGUGCUGAUUUGUGGGCCAAAUGGGUGUGGGAAGAGCUCCCUGUUCCGUGUUCUUGGUGAGUUGUGGCCUUUGUUUGGUGGGCGUUUAACAAAGCCUGUAAGAGGAAAGUUGUUCUAUGUUCCUCAGAGACCAUACAUGACUCUUGGAACGCUCAGAGAUCAAGUUAUAUAUCCAGAUACUUUGGAAGAUCAGAAGAAGAAAGGGAUUUCUGACCAGGUGCUGAAGGAGUACUUGGAUAAUGUCCAGCUGGGUCAAAUCCUGGAACGUGAAGGAGGCUGGGACAGUGUUCAGGACUGGAUGGAUGUACUCAGCGGGGGAGAAAAACAGAGAAUGGCAAUGGCAAGGCUGUUCUAUCAUAAGCCCCAGUUUGCAAUUCUGGAUGAGUGCACCAGUGCUGUUAGUGUGGAUGUAGAGGGCUACAUUUACAGCCACUGCCGAAAGGUUGGCAUCACUCUCUUCACUGUUUCCCACAGGAAGUCACUCUGGAAACAUCAUGAUUUCUACUUGCACAUGGAUGGCCGAGGAAACUAUGAGUUCAAGAAAAUAACUGAAGACACAGUUGAAUUUGGAUCUUAAAGUCAUGAACUGAACUGCUAGAGAUGGAUGAUUACAGGAAGUGUGUAGAAUGUCAGACAAUGUAACAUAAAAUUACUCAGCUUGUUAAGCAUUUACUAUUAUGUAGGAUAUUGCUAAUUGUGUAUAUGUUGGUUUAAUUAUUGAUAGGUACUAAGAAUGUCCUUAUUCUUGUGGUUUAAAAACCUGCCUAAAUUAAAUUGGGCUUAAAUUAGUGUAACCUGAUUCAUCCUGGGAUGCAAACCAUUUGAAAUCGGCUGAUUUGACUUUUGUAGACCUUCUUUCCCUUCAGUGAAAAGCCCUGUUAAAAUUAGGGUUGCUACCUCUCUUGUUCCUGCACAGCAGUCUUGGAUUUUUGCUCUGUUCUAUGCAUGUUUCAGAGAGAUCUGGCACGGUGCAGGACAUUGUCCCAUCUUCUGAUCUGUGCCCUGUUAAAUGAAAGAGCCUUUUCCUUGUCCAAGCCUUGUGAUGUAGCCAGUGUGCCCUUGCUGAAAAAGGAUGAACUGAAACUAAAAGACAAAACUAAUUCCUUCUAGUGUUAAAAAAAAAGGUUGUUGUUUGCUGAGAUUUGGAUUCAUCUUUAACAUCUGUCUGUCCAUGCAGUUCUCUCUGCAGCUCAGCUCCCGUUCUCUCCCAGUUUAGCAAAAGCUUCAUCCAUCCUCCAGCCCAACUGUCCUUGUUCUGUCAGAGAAAUAUUAUGGUAAUGAAGAGUUGAGAGGAGGUUGAGGGAGCAAAGGACCAACUCACAAGAAAAAAUGGGAGGGAAAGUGGUGAUCCUUGUAUCAAACAAGCUUGUGAAUGCUUCUAGCUCUGAAGAAAUGAAUGACUCCCACAAGAAAAAACAGAGAAAAUAAUGUGGAUCCAGUGAUUCCUCAAAUCAAUAGAGGUUAUAAUGGGCUCAAAAAUGUUAAUCUGUGAAAUAGCAGACAGUUGUUCUGUGUUCAGUCCUGCAAUACAGCAGUUACUUUUUCCAUCUUGCUCCUUUUCUCCCUCUUCAAAAAAACCUGAUGAUCUUACAGUUUUAGCUGCCCUUCAGGUCUGAGUUUGAAAGCAAGUGAUAAUGGUACUCUGUUGGGUCUUCCAGGCUGUGAAGCCUGAAGCAAUGCUUUCAUUCUUCAUGUUUAUUCUCUUAUUGUCAUGAUGUUUCUUGAUUUCCGAUACAAAUUAUUUACCAGUGAUUCUCUGUGUUUCGUAAGGAUCUCCAGUCCUUGCUGGUUUUCUUGUUCCAGCUUCCAAAUCCCCUUAAAGGAACCAAACUCUUACAAUAGUUUAUUGGAAUUGUUUUUUCCAUACAAAUGAUUACUGUGGUUAUUGUUUGACUUUGACAAACAUGAAUGCAGCAAGGUGUUUUUUGUGAUCAGGGAAUAGGAAGGUGUAAUUCAAACUGAAUUGCUGUUUAGGCUUUAAAACAAAAAAAAUUACAAUACCUGUUGUACAGUGAAGGUCUAGUAGUUUUUUGGUGUUCCAUGUAAGAUAUACUAUAGGAAUGCACUACAUGAAGGCAUGCAUAAAAUAUGCAAUACAUCUGUACUUUGUGCAUCUUUUAUCGAGGGUUUAGAUUUUAAAAAGCCCCUACUUUUUAUAAAAUGAAUAUGUACUUGGAUGCACUGCUGUUUGUUAAUUUUUACCCAGUUCAAUCAGUAAUUUUCUUUCAUGUUGAAAUUGCUGCCUGUUAAUAUUUUUUCCUUUUACCAUAGUUCUUGCCCCUACCUGUCAGUAUUCUUUCAAGUACUCAAAUGCAAACAGCUAUCCUGGUACAAGAAUCUAGUGACCACAGUAGAGUCAGAAUCUAAUGCAUCAAUGAAGAUCAUAAAAGCUUCUCUUAGAAGUAUAGCAUAUUCAAGAGAUUAAGGUACCAGAAAAAUUUUUGUGCUUGUUUUACAAGAAGGCAGAUAGGUGCCUGAAAUCACUAAUAUCUUGUUUCUGUUCAUUCAGAUUCUCACCUCAGCCAUAACGUAGCAGGUAGCAGCAUGCUGUGUGUGAGGUUGUAGUCCUUUCAAAGUGUAACCAUGGAAAUAGGGAUGCCAGGUUGUUGUGUAGGGAGGUUUUUUGGUUUGGGUUUUGGUUUUUUUUGUGGACGUUCUCAGCACAAAUGCAACUUCUUCUCUUGGAAAGGGAUGUUUUAGUAGUCUUUUAGAGAGAUAAAGAAAAGGUUAAUCUCUAAACUGAGAAAAUUGCUAUGAUCUUUGUGAUUAGGGCAGUCUUUUGCAGUGGGGUAGUGAACUUGGAAUACUUUAAUGUAUUUUUAAUGCUAACAAGCAAAACCAUACACAGCACACUUACAUUGUCCCCAGCAGCCAAUCCCAAUUGUACUUUACAAUUUUACUGGUUGUAACAGAAUUUUGUGUAAUCUUGUAUUUAUUUUUAAAACUAACAACAAGCAAACAAAAAAUCCAUCUCCAAAACCACGGAGGAAUAGGUUUGCCUUUAGGUGCCAUGAAGUUUGUUGAAACUGAGGAUGCUGGUAUCUCCUUAGGGCCAGGACUUGGUGUUUCUAAAUAUACUGGAAGGAAAGAAAAAUAUUCUUUUGUGCUUGAUUGUAAGGGAGGCUUAUAAAGAAAAUAUUAAAAAGAAUGCUAUUUUAGAAUUUUAUUCUUAAAAGGCCUUAUAUUAAAGUGUUUGAGAUAGACUUGAUCUAAUGAGAGAUUGUAAAAAAAUCUAAUGAAAAUGAUCGAAGUCUCAGUUCUGUUGCAGAAUUGCACUGUGAUUUUAGUUGUUUCUUUCAUAGCACAAGUUGGAAGUUCAUGAAAUGGAAUUCUGAACUAUCGUAAUAGACAACAUACUGAUGAAUACUUUCAGUCUCAAAUUGUUGGUGCUUUGAAGAUGGUACUGGAAAUAGUCAGAUGGCUGCAUUUCAACGGUGGGAAACAUUCCUGUGUGUAAAUACUGUAAAGUGUUUUGGAGGGGGAAUGGCGCUAUGUAAAUGUAAGACAUUAAGUGCCUCUGAAAUAAUAAUAAAAAAUCUAAAGAUAAAAUAUA